GGGCGAGGAGUGCAGCGCGUUUGUCGAGGGCGCGGCCGCGCAGGCGAAGGGGAGGCUCUCGGUGCUGAGCGCUGGCCUCAUGGAUGGCGAGCGGGAGCACCUCUCCAUCGUGAUCUGCGGGCAUGUCGACAUCGGCGAGAGCACCACCACCGCCCGCCUCAACUACGACCUGAGCGGCCUUCCGCAACGCGAGCUGGAGAAGCUGAAGGAGGAGGCCGUAUGCCUAGUACCAGGCCCCGUCGCCUUCACGUUCUACAUGGACCGUCAGAAGGAGGAGCACGAGAGCGGGGUGACCAGCGCCUGCGCCACCCAAGACUUCUACACCGAGAAGUGGCAUUACACAGUCUUCAUCGAUGCCCCAGGCCAUCGCAAUAUCAACAAGGUCGCAAACCUGCAGAAGAUUGCUGACAACAUGGGCUGGUGGAAGGGCUGCAACGUCAAGUACGGCAAGGACCGCGCCACCCACAGAGACAAGCAGUUCUGCUAUGCCGAAAUCGGAAAGAAAUGA